CACUGCAAUACAACGACCACCACCACCACCUGAAAUUCCUUCUCUCUUACGUUUCGUAAGCAUUUUGAUUCCCAAAACGCCACAACCCUAACCCUAAACCUAUUCUUCCUGUUCUUCUUCCCAAUCGCACCCGAAUUUCUCAGUUCUUUGUCUCUUUUCAAGCAGCGAAGAUGGUGUUGUCCCAGCUAGGGGGGAGCAUAUCGCGUGCUCUCCAGCAGAUGAGCAAUGCGACCAUAAUAGACGAAAAGGUCCUCAACGAGUGCCUCAACGAGAUCACGCGGGCUCUUCUUCAGGCCGAUGUGCAAUUCAAGCUCGUCCGCGAAAUGCAGACCAACAUCAAGAAGAUCGUCAACCUCGACGACCUCGCCGCCGGCCACAACAAACGCAAGAUCAUCCAACAAGCUAUAUUUAACGAGCUCUGCAAAAUGCUGGAUCCUGGGAAGCCUUCUUUCACUCCAAAGAAAGGGAAGGCGAGUGUUGUUAUGUUUGUAGGUUUACAAGGGUCGGGGAAAACCACUACAUGUACAAAAUAUGCGUACUAUCAUCAGAAAAAGAGCUGGAGGCCUGCCCUCGUGUGUGCAGAUACGUUCAGAGCUGGUGCUUUUGAUCAGCUGAAGCAGAAUGCAACUAAGGCUAAGAUUCCGUUUUAUGGAAGCUAUACAGAGUCGGAUCCUGUGAAAAUUGCAGUAGAAGGUGUGGAAAGGUUCAAGAAAGAAAAUUGCGAUCUAAUAAUUGUUGACACCAGUGGGCGUCACAAACAAGAAGCUGCUCUUUUUGAAGAAAUGCGUCAAGUUUCUGAAGCAACGAAACCAGAUCUUGUUAUAUUUGUUAUGGAUAGCAGUAUUGGUCAGGCUGCAUUUGAUCAAGCUCAAGCUUUCAAGCAAAGUGUUUCAGUUGGAGCUGUAAUUGUUACCAAAAUGGAUGGGCAUGCAAGGGGAGGUGGUACUCUUAGCGCUGUUGCAGCAACGAAGAGUCCUGUCAUAUUUAUUGGGACUGGAGAGCAUAUGGACGAAUUUGAAGUUUUUGAUGUUAAACCAUUUGUCAGCCGUCUCUUAGGCAUGGGCGACUGGUCUGGAUUUAUGGACAAAAUUCAUGAAGUUGUUCCUAUGGAUCAGCAGCCUGAGCUUCUGCAAAAGCUUUCAGAAGGAAACUUUACGUUAAGGAUUAUGUAUGAGCAAUUUCAGAACAUACUUAAAAUGGGUCCAAUUAGCCAGGUUUUCUCAAUGCUUCCAGGAUUUAGUGCUGAGUUGAUGCCAAAAGGUCGCGAAAAGGAAAGUUCGACGAAGAUCAAGCGUUACAUGACAAUGAUGGACUCAAUGACAAAUGAAGAGUUGGAUAGUACAAAUCCAAAGCUGAUGAACGAGUCCCGUAUAAUGCGGAUAGCACGAGGUUCUGGUCGUCAAGUUAGAGAAGUAAUGGAGAUGUUGGAAGAGUACAAGCGGCUUGCUAAAGUAUGGAGCAAAAUGAAGGGGCUUAAGAUUCCGAAGAAGGGUGAAAUGAGUGCCCUAUCACGAAAUAUGAAUGCACAGCACAUGAGCAAAGUCCUCCCCCCACAGAUGCUGAAGCAGAUUGGUGGCAUGGGUGGCUUACAAAGCUUGAUGAAGCAAAUGGGAUCUACAAAAGAUAUGAUGGGGAUGUUCGGAGGUGGAGACAGUUAGAUUUUUGGUGGCAUGGGUGGCUCACCUCCAACCGGCCAUGGCUGUAAGGCUCACAUGCAUCUCUGCGCAACUUGAUGCUACUGACCAUUCCGCAAUGCCAGAUAUUUUAUUGUUUGUAGCUGGGCCGUUUUAGGUUUAAUCAUUAGUCUCAACUCUCAAGCAUGGGGGCAUUUUGUUUACUUUUACUUUUUGUAUGUAUUUACUUAAAAGGUUAUAAUUUGAAAUGUUUUUUUUUUUUUAAUUUAAGGCCAUCAGACAGGAUCUUUUAUAUAUAUUUAUAUAUUCCUUUGUGAUUAAAAACAAAUAAAAUGAUAUUAUUGCAUUUGUUUAA